CGAACAGGUCAAUCGAUCCCCAAUUCCCCACUUUCGUCUAGCGCCGCAGGUACGAAAAAAACGCCACUCCCCCUUGUCGAGAGAAGGCAAUGGCGCCACCGCCGCCCGCCGCGGGGGCGGCGGCGGCGGACGCGGAUCCUCUGGAGGUGCGGUGCGCGGGGUGCGGCGAGACGCUGGAGGUGGACCGGGGCCUGACGGAGUUCAUCUGCCCGGACUGCGCCACACCGCAGUCGCUGCCCCCCGAGCUCAUGCCGCCGCCGCCGCCCCGGCGGAAGGCGCUCCCGCUGCCCCGCGGCGCCGCGGACGUGCGGGGCGCGCGGCUCCCCUGCGGCGCGUGCGGCGCGCUCCUCAGCGUGCCCGUCGGGAUGCCGCUCUGCGCCUGCCCGCUCUGCGGCACCGAGCUCGCCGUCGACACCGCGCGGCUCAGGCACUACCUCCUGUCCUCCGCCGCCGCGGCGGACGCCAUCCCCGUGGUGCCUCUCGGCGCCUCCUCCUCGGCGCCACCCAUCCUCCAACCCCGAGAGGCACAGACAGAGCGUCCUAAUCGGCUUAUUGCAGAGCAGGAAGACUCGGAGCAUCCUGAUUACACGGUUGAUCGAGAGGAGAUACAUGGGGUUAACCAGGAUACCGGAAGGUAUAAGGAGCAGAGGAACAUAGACGGCCCCAGGAUUGCUAGUGCAGAAAAUAGACAUGGAGAGCCUCUAAAUGAGGUCAGGCAUCAACCUCAAGAUCUUCCUUCUAGCCAUGCUGUUUGUACAAAGCAGACAUAUCAAGAAAAUCCAGACCGAGUUACUGAGGCAUUGCAAAAUUCUGCUAAUUCCGCACUAUUUAUAUUUAGGGAAUCAGGAUGCAUUUCACAUAUUAAUGAUACAACAAUAACAGAUAUUAAUGGCAUAGCUGGGAGCUCAGUUUGCCCCAAAACUGUAAAUCUUGAAAAGAGAAACAUGCUGACUCCCAAAAAGAUCACGCAGAAGCCACAAAAACAACUUUCUUGCUAUGUGACAUCUCUGGAGCAUGCUCGGGCAGAAUCUGCAAAUAGGGCAAUUCAUGUCCAGGAAAAGCAACAAGAGCCUGCAAAUGAAGCAAACCACAGGGAAAAUGCAUGCACUAGACUGGCCAAUGAAACUAUUGCAGACAAUAACAACUGCAGGAGGACAAGGCAGUUGAUUGGCCUCAAUGCUACAAAUGCAGAUGAGAGACAGGGGCAGACACCAAAUAAUUCUAUACAACAGAUGUCGAGAGAACGAUCUGAUGCUGCGAUCUGCAGGGAACUAGAUAAUCAAGUAACUCAUCUAGAAAGAAAACAGCCAGGGCAUCACAGAGUUCACAUAAGGAAAAAGAAGGGUCUGCUUUCUGCAAAUUCAGGUCUUCAGCUUAGGCGUAGCAAACGUUUGGCGAAAGAUCCUUCUGCCGCAAUAGAUAGACAACCUGAUAUGGACGCCCAACUAAUACAUAGGCAAGCUGUUGGGUGUCAAGCUGUUUCUCCAAAUGGCCUCAUGCCAAUUGCCACUACAUAUGACAGACAGACAGAAAGUGAGCCUGAUGAGCAGUCGACCGCAUCUCCAGUACAAUAUUUGUCUGAUCCGCCUGAUAUUGAUAGAAUCAUCAACAAUUUAUGUACUAGUUCAUUCCCUUCACAUGAGAUUCGUCAAACAAGGUGUAAUGAGCUGGAGAACCUUCAUUCAACUCCAAUACCUUCUUCAAAUCCUGACAUGUCCGAUCCUGAGCAAUUUUCUUCAAACCCUGACAUGUCUGAUCCUGAGCAUUUUUCUUCAAACCCUGACAUGUCUGAUCCUGAGGAUUUUUCUUCAAACCCUGACAUGUCUGAUCCUGAGCAUUUUUCCUCAAAUCCCGACAUGUCCGAUCCUGAGCAGUUUGCUCGUACCUAUAUUCCUAUGGAUGUUAGAAGGGCCCUUGCAAAGCUAUCAUCCAAGACAUUGAUUCACCAUACUGGUGAGUCAUACUCAUACAUGCAUGACUCAAUGGAUUCUAAAGGACAGGAUGUACAGCUAGCAUCUCAGAAUAAAGGCAGACGUCCUCGUGGUUCAACAGUAUGUCUGAAGUUGUGGACCAUGCCUAAGGGCAUGCGCAUACCAGUUUCACUGAACGCUUCAGGUUUGCCUAUUGGAAAAGAAGCAGCCACAUUGUCUUCCUUUCUGGGCACAUUAGCAAGGGAUGGAAUAUUGGCACCACUUUCACAUCUUGGUUGGAAAAGUGUUCCUGAGAAAAACAAGGAUGUGAUGCGUCAUAUUGUCAAGCUCAAAUUUGACAUUGCUCCAGUUGGUGAGUUAUGGAUUGUGAAAAAUUUAGGAAAGAAGUGGAAGAGCUGGAAAUCUAUAUUAAAACAAAAGCAUUUUGAUGCUCAUGAAACAGAAGAGGAGCGCCUUGCUGAUCGGAAUCCUCGUGUUCUUGAAGAACAGUGGGCUGCAAGUGCUCGAAAUAAGGCUUGUCAGGCAAAUGUAACCACUUAUCAUAGCUCAGGAACGAAGAGCUUUGCAUGCAGAAUUGAAGAGGAGAGGCAAAAACGGCUUAAUAAUGAUGAGCCUACAGUUCAGGAUUUGUUCAUAUUGACUCACACUCCCAAGGGUGGGAAGCCAAUGCCGAAGGCGACAGCUGAUACCAUUGAACGAUUCCUUCAACAAUGCCAAAAGCAAACAGAAGGGUCGGGGAGUGACUUUGGACUGGAGUCCCGCCCAACCAGGCGAUGUAGGAAGCCAGGCUUGAAGGCAUCUUUGAGGGAAGCCAUGGAGGCUAAAAGAAAGGCUGAAGACGAGGCAGCUUCACUGAGGAAGAAGUUUAUUGCUAUGGAAGAAAGGCAGAAAAAGGUGCAUGCCGGUAAAGCCGACAUGGAGGGUGCAGAUGCUGCCGUGAACUCCCCGGAGGAGCGAGCAGGUGAACCGUCAUCAUUCGGCACCUUCAGGUUUUCAACAGGUCCAAAAUACCCCAGGCUCCGAUAAAGUUUCGAAGGCAUAUCUCCCUCUCCGUCGACUAUAUCCCACAAGUCCAACAUACCCCAGGAUCCGAUGAAGAUUUGGAGCCAUAUAACGAUCUACUGUAUAAUCCUUCAGCCUAAUGCUGGAUCCCAAGGGCCUUUCCAUGGUACCGCCGGCAAUAGCUGCACGAAAAAAAAACAAGGGGGUUUAGCUCAGUGUUCUACUGAUCUUGUGUAAUGUUGGCUCACGAAACCUUGAGUUCACUCGGAAGUCGAGAAUAUCUUUGACUGCAUUUAUCCAUGGGAUUGUGGGAGAAUACCUUUCAAAGUACUUUUUUUUGCGA